UAUUUAUCUGAUAUAGUUGGAAUUUUAUAUAAGAGUAGUCCGUAGGGCCGCUGUCCGGGCAAAAUUCCUUCAUAGUAAACUACAAGGCGUAUGUCGGUCUUCAUUAACCCAGAUGGUGCAGAAAGAUACAGAUGGAAACUUUAAUGUGGGCGUGUCUACUACUGGUCUUGUAUCCUGUUAACACCAUCACAUUAAAUUAUGGCCAGGAAAGAAAUAUCCACUUGAAGGAGACGGCAGAGGAUGGAUUGGAAGAUUUGUUCGUAUCCCAUAAUCAACAUAAUUGGACAGUGUGUGGAGACAAUAUGUGCAAGUGUAAUGAAAUAAACCAAGCGUUCUGUUUAAAUCAAGGACAUAAACUGAAUUAUAUUCCAAGAUUUGAACAAAACAUAACGUAUCUCAAUUUUACUGGUAAUUAUUUACCACAUAUAGAUAAUCACACUUUUACUAAUAUUACCAACUUGAAACUGAACUAUCUGCAUUUACAGACAGAUUCACUACAUACCUGCACGCGAAAUGCAUUUAAUGGUCUGAAUUUUUUACGAACAUUAUCAAUUAGAAAUAGUACCAUCUCAAAGACGGGGCUGAUGCAAUGCUUGUCUGGGGUAACGAAAGAUUUACAAACUCUUGAUUUAUCAUAUAUACACUUUCAUCCCCCCUUGAAUCUAGAUCUGGACGAGAGUAUGAACAAUUCAAAGAUCAAAACAAUGUACAUUCGGAAUAUUGAUAUGACAAAAUAUAACCAUAGUAAGUUAUCAACUUUAAAACAUCUGCAGUCUAUAACUAUUCUCAAAUCCUAUAUUAAAACCGUAACAUUUGAUUAUUCGUCUUCAUUAAGGACAUUAAAUUUUUCUUAUAACAAACUUUCAGAAUUUCCAAAAUUUUGUGUACACGAAAAUGCAUAUUUUACAAAUCUUGAGGAAUUGCGUUUAGACCAUAACGACAUAUCCUCUGUGUAUCCAGAACAACUUGCUUGUAUGAAAUCCUUGGCCUCAUUUUCAAUUAAUAAUAACCUUAUUUUUCGUAUAGAAAGCAACACAUUUUCAAACUUGCCAAACCUUAAUGUUGUAUCAAUUGCAUACAAUGGCAAAGUAAAACGUUUGGAUGAAUUUGCUUUUAAUAGUUCAUCCUUAAAGCAACUUUAUAUUUAUGAUGACAACACGUAUUUUGAUAAGAAUCAUAUACACACCAGUUUGAAUGCUUUUAAAUACUGUAGCCAACUGGAAACUUUAAGAGUAUCCUCCAACCACUUCGGGUUUACUACUAAUCCAAUGUUUGAUGAUUUAUUCGGCAACUUGAUUAACGUAAAAUCGUUGUCACUAUCUAACUGUGGGCUAACUUUUCUUCCAAGUUUUAUUCCAAACUAUCUUGAUAAAUUGGAGAUAUUAUGGCUCAACAAUAAUAACAUAAAAGAUCUACCGGAAGGUUAUUUUAAUAAUUUUAAUCAUCUCCAGAUUAUACAAUUAAAAUUUAAUAAAAUAACCACAGUUGAGUCAAAUACAUUUUCACUUCAAUUUCUUCAACAAUUGAAAUACAUUGAUCUUUCUGAGAAUCCGUUUACUUGCUCCUGUGAAUUACUUUGGUUCGUCAAUUUUCUAAAAACAAGCUCCAUUAGAAAUGUUUUUCUUCAUUUUCCAAAGGAAUACAUCUGUGAUUCUCCACCUCUUUUUAAAGGGAAGCAACUCUUACAAGUCCGUCUUUCGGAACGUACAUGCGCAAUAACGAAACAGGUUCGUGUAAUUAUUAUAUCUACAUCGGCAGGAAUUCUUCUCUUACUUUUAACUAUUUCUGCUGUUUACCGUUAUCGAUGGAAUUUGCGAUAUAUAUUGUACAUGGCACGAUUUCAACAUAUUCGCCACCAAAGACUUUUAAACGGUGGCGGAGAUUAUAAAUAUGAUGUCUAUCUUAGUUCCUCUGACACGGACUUUGAUGACGUAAUAUAUGAUGAACUUGUCCCUAGAUUAGAGGAGAACAUGGGUCUGCGACUUUAUAUCCCGCAAAGAGAUGGACAGGGAAAUAAAAUUGAUCAGAUAAUAUCUAAUUUGGAUGCCAGUCGUAAAGUCAUUUUAUUUUUAUCUGAUAAAUAUGUCGAAGACGGUUAUUGUGAAUUUGAAGCUAGUGUUGCCUAUAAUAAAUAUAUCAAUGAAAAGCGUGAUUUAAUGAUCGUAGUUGUAUUAAGGGAAAUUGGUGCCCUGAAUGUAACAAAAACCAUACAUAAAAUACUAUCUGUUGAUAAUUAUAUCAAAUGGGGUUGGGAUGAUGAAAGUGUGGAAUUAUUCUGGUUAAAGAUAACUGCUGCUAUUAAUAAUAUGGAUGACCUUAUUCCUUAAAGGUACACUCCCUGUAAGAAAAGUUAUCAGAAAAUGUUGAAGAUAUAUUGACGACUUUGGUAGUGGCAGUGAACUAUUGAGUUUGCUUUCAAAUAUUCGCACUUUCAACAGCUUUCUGGAAAAGCAUCAAUUAACGACAACGGUCUAGUUACGGAUUACAAGGCACAUUUCUGUAUUUACUAACCAGUUAUAUAUGUGAUAGAAAUCAAACUGCUUUUGUAAAUUACGCUUACUUGUCGACCCUAAUUCGGGUGUUCCCUAGGGCUUUGUAUUGGGCCCAUUCUUAUUUCUUCUGUACAUAAACGAUAUCCAAGAUGACUUGGAAGAUACUGCUAGAUUAUUUGCCAAUGAUACUGCUAUUAUUUGCAUUAAACCCCGCGUAUAUGAAAUAGAAACUUCCUUAAACGCUGAUUUAUUCAAACUGAACUCUUGGUUCAAGGCUUCUGAAACAAAACAUUACAUUUAUUUUUUGGUCAUUAGAUGUAGUUAAUCACAAACUAAUUGGUGUUAUUCUAUCUAAUAUUAGGAAAAUAAUUUACACUUUCUAUCAAUAAAACGUAAAGAUUAUUUACAAAUCUCACAUUUGAGCUAGGCCUAUACUUCAAUUCUCCACACUCCGCAUUAUUUUAUUUAUACAAUUUCUGCUGAUGGGCAUGACCUCUGUAAAUUUUUAAUAACGUUUCUUCUUUGUUGGUCCAAAGUUGUUUUUGUUGAUACAAUAGAAUAAUAUGUUUAAACUAAUAAAUUUAAGCUGAAAGAACAGUAAAAUCGCUGUAUGGGGAUCCUAGAUCAGAAUAAAAUGGGACAUUAACAGCUAACAUCAAAUUCCGUCUGUAUGGUUAAUAGCAAUGUCAAACACAACUGUCGUGUAAUAUCCCUCACUUUUUGUACAUCUAAAUAAAUAUUUAUAUAUUCAUAAUCCAUAAAAUUAUUCUUUGCUUUAGUUAAACAUUACAGUACGUUGUUUUUUACUAUAAUUUUAUUGUAUUAUUUUAAUAAAUAAAAUAUUUGAUGUUGCUUUAUA